AUGGACCUGGAGAGUUCUACCGAGAAGAUCAUGCCUUUUACAAGGUUAAUUGGCGACUUCAACGCCAAGUUGGCCCAGAAGAACGCCGGAGGAACUUCAUCGGGACCCACGGCCUACAAUGGAAUGACCAGGGGGAGGCUUUCCGAGUUCAUCAUGACGACUAAGACCAUCCAUGGGAACUCGCAAUUCCAGCCCUCCUCUCUACGCUGGACGUGGGAGUCACCCGGUGGAGGGUACCGUAAUGAGAUAGACCACAUCAUCGUCAUAAAGGUUCUGCCUGACGGAUGUCGCUGUUGUACAAGUUCUAUACGGGAUCGGACCAUCGCCUCCUCCGAGGAAGAUUUUUUUUACGCGGAGAGCAGAGAAAGCCGCCAAGUUCGCAGAGAAAUCCCGAACUACCAUCACUGGGAUCUUUCGCUACGUUAG